AUGGAUGACAGCAACAGUAAUAAUAAUAGCAACAACAACAAGAGCAGCAACAACAACAGUAACAGCAACAAGAACAACAGCAACAAAAACAACAACAUAUGUAGCACAGAUGUCUCCCAUAUAUCGAAUGAUACUUAUAAAGAGCAAUCGACGUUAUCUAAAUUACAUGCUCUCUUCAAACAAACGAACAACAACAGCAGCAUCAACAACAACACCAACAGCAGCAGCAACAACAACAACAGAUAUAAAAUUAUCAACGAUGACAACAACAACAGCAACAACAACAGCCCUGCAAUCAAACGCAAUAAUCCAGCUUGGAUGAGUCUACGGGAUAGAAUAAAAACAACAACAACGAAUCUAGCCUCCAAGAAUAAAGAACCGCCUUUGUUGAUCAGAAGAGAGAACAUUAAUAACGAUGAUAACAUCAACAUAAACAAUAUCAACAACAACAACAACAUCAACAACAACAUCAUCAACAACAACAACAACAUCAGUUACAACAAUCAGACAAUAGGACGGAACAACAGAGUCAAGAGUUAUAUUGAAAGUUACAACAAUUUGUUCAACAAAAAUGAAAACAUCAACAAAAAUAAAAUUAAUUACAUUAACAAAAAUAACGAAGAGACUAAUGAUAAUAAUCUUAAAAACAACAAUAACAACAACAACAGCAACAUAAUCAACGACAUCAACAAAAGCAACAACAACAGCCGAAAUCAGAGUCGUCACAGCAAUAGAUCGGGUAACACCAAUGCUAAUAUGAUUAAUAACAAUGACGUCAACAAUAAAAUGGGCGCAAAUUACAACAACAACAACAACGGUAAUGACAUCAUAGCAAACAAUGAAAACAACAACAACAGCAAAGACAUCAAGGCAAGCAAAGACAACAACAACGCCAACAAUAACAACAACACAGAAACCGUUAAGCACAAUCACAUCAGCAAAGACAACAACAACAUCAACAAAAACUACAACACCAGCUACACCCAAAAAACAGCCCAAAUUGCCACCUACAUCAGCCCAGACUUCAACGGCAAAAUAUCCGAUAUAGAUGAUAGUCGGAAACACUUUAUCAACAAAAUAAAUAUGGGGGUAUUAAAAAAGAACAACAACAACGACAACAACAACAACAACGACAACAACAACUAUGUUGAUAGCAACAACAACAACAACAAAACCAGCAACAUCGACACUAACAUCAAUCCAACUCCAAACAACAACAGCAGCAACAACAAAUACAACAAUAAUGAUGAUAACAACAACAACAACAAAAACAACAACAACAACAUCAACAACAAAUUAAAAUCUGCUAAAAGCAAAAAUCCAGAAUUCCCAAAGCAGUCCAAUAAUAGCAACCAAUUAGUGGAUAGCUGUACUUUUUGGAUUUAG